AUGAUCCAACUCUGCCAGGACACGAAUCCGAAAGGCCAGCCCUGCAGGCUGAGAGGCUCCGGGGGAGGAGCCAGACAAGCAGUGCCUCGCGUUCAGUCCUUGUCUGCUCCCGGCAGAUGGCUCCGUAAGGUGGGGGUGGGGGAUGGAGCAUCCAUGAGAAUCACUCUUCUGCUGCUGUGGCUCAAAGUGUCUCUGUGCCCUUCUGACCUCUCCCAAGCUGGGCCCACCCAACAUCUCAGUUCCCCAGAGGUGGUGAUCCCCUUGAAGGUGACCAGCAGGGGCAGAGGUGCAAGGAUUCCAGGAUGGCUUUCCUACAGCCUGCUAUUUGGGGGCCAGAAACACAUUGUCCAUAUUAGGGUCAAGAAGCUCUUGGUUGCUGCACAUCUUCCUGUGCUCACCUACACAGAGCAGCAUGCCCUCCUGGAAGCACCCCUCAUCCCGGAUGACUGUUACUAUCAUGGUUAUGUGGAGGGGGCCCCUGAGUCUCUAGUUGUUUUCAGUACCUGUUUUGGGGGCUUUCGGGGAGUGUUACAAAAUAAUGACCUCACUUAUGAAAUCGAACCUGUUAGGCACUCUACCAUUGAACACCUAGUUUAUAGAUUACACAGUAACAAGACACAGUUUCCACCCUGUGGUUUAACAGAGAAGGAAAUAGCACGCCAACAAUUGGAAUUUGAAAUGAUUGAGAGCUCAUAUCCGAAACAAAAUUCUACUGGGGUCUGGUGGACCCACACAUGGUUUCUGGAGCUGUUUGUAGUGAUAGAUCAUAUUUCUUUCAUUUACUCUCAAAGCAACUUGUCAAAGGUGCAAGAGGAUGUAGUUCUUAUUGUCAAUUUAGUGGAUUCUUUGUAUCAGCAGUUGAGCACUUAUGUAAUUUUGGUUGGCAUUGAGAUUUGGAAUCAAAGAAAUGCUUUCCCAAUGAAAAACAUGAACAGGUUUUAGAAGAUUUUCUCAGUGGAAAAAAAGUCAGUCUUUCCCCAGCUAAAGCAUGAUGCUGCACAUAUUUUCAUAAAAAACUCACAUAUAACUAUACUUGGUCUAGCCUAUGUUGCAGGAAUAUGUCAUCCUCCUAUUGAUUGUGGAGUUGAUAAUUUCCAAGAAGACCCCUGGUCUCUCUUUGCUAACACUGUGGCCCAUGAAUUAGGCCACACUUUGGGUAUGCAACAUGAUAAGGCAUUCUGUUUUUGUGGGGAAAAAGGUUGCAUUAUGAGUGCUUUCAGAGUACCAGCAGAGAAAUUCACCAACUGCAGUUAUACUGAUUUUAUGAAGACCACUUUAAACCAAGGAUCAUGCCUGCACAACCAUCCAAAACAAGGGAUCUUUUUGCUGAAGCGCUGUGGAAAUGGUGCAGUUGAAAAAGAAGAGGAGUGUGACUGUGGAUCCAUACAGCAGUGUGAGCAAGAUCCUUGUUGUCUGUUGAACUGCACUCUGAGGCCUGGGGCUGCUUGUGCUUUUGGGCUUUGUUGCAAAGACUAAUUCAUACCAUCAGGGAGACUCUGUACACAGGUCAAUGAAUGUGACCUUCCAGAGUGGUGUAAUGGGACAUCCCAUGAGUGCCCAGAAGAUGAGUAUGUGCAGGACGGGACCUGUAGUGACAGUGCCUACUGCUAUCAAAAGAGAUGUAAUAACCGUGACCAACAGUGCAGGAUUUUUGGCAAAGGUGCAAAGAGUGCAUCUCAGAAUUGCUACCAAAAAAUCAACUCCCAGGGAAACCAGUUUGGCCACUGUGGUAUAAAUGGCACUGUAUACCUAAAAUGUAAUAUGUCUGACAUCUUUUGUGGAAGAGUUCAGUGAAAUGUGGACGACAUUCCCCACCUCCAGGAUCAUCAUGUUUUGCAGCACACUGACAUUGAUGGGGUCACCUGCUGGAGUACAGUCCAUCAUUUAGGGGUGGGUGUACCUGACCUUGGUGAAGUGAAAGAUGGCACUGCCUGUGGGACAGGAAAGAUCUGCAUCCACAAAAGGUGUCAGUUUGUCUGUCUGUCACAGGACUGCCUUCCUGAGACCUGCAACAUGAAGGGGAUCUGCAAUAACAAACAUCACUGCCACUGUGGUUAUGGGCGGUCCCCGCCCAACUGCCUGCAUAGCGGCUACGGAGGUAGUGUUGACAGCGGCCACCAUUUGAAAAAAGAAGAGUUUUCGUACCACAAAUUGUGA